UCGACGCCGACGUCUCGACAAUUUUUCAAUUUUUACUCCGGAAAGCUGUUCCUUCUUUUCCGACAACUUUAAACACAUCAACCCUUAUUUCCAGCCGGAAAAUUGGAAAAGCUCCUCCCUCGUAUCAGCCUCCUACGGUUUGACGUCACUUUGCGCGCGCAAAUAUUAAAUUGGGUCACCUAUUUGUGACCUUUACAUCGAGAUUUUCGUGAAAACUUAGACCGCGAACAGCUUCCAGAAGCUCCAGCAUCCCGCCAUGGCUGUAAAUACAUCCAACUACAAACUUAGUGCAUCUAUUGCUAAUCUCAAAUAUACAGACCUAUUGCCCCAUAAUCCAGAUGCAUAUGAAACCAGUAAACUUUUUCUACAAAGAGUGAUCGACGUCCUCAUGGAUUUCAUUCGGGCCACGAAUGAUCGCAACGAGAAGAUUUUAGAUUUUCAUCACCCCGAGGAGAUGCAAAAGCUUCUAGAUUUGAAAAUUCCAAUAGAAGGAGUCUCAUUGCAGCAACUCGUGCAUGAUUGUUCCGUUACCUUGAAGUAUCAAGUUAAAACAGGCCACCCUCAUUUUUUCAACCAACUUUCCUGCGGCUUGGACUUAGUCUCGAUGGCUGGAGAAUGGCUGACCGCUACGGCCAACACUAACAUGUUUACGUACGAGAUCGCUCCAGUUUUCAUUUUAAUGGAAAACGUAGUUAUGACCCAUAUGAGGGAAAUAAUCGGCGAAUGUUGGAGGAACGGCGAUUCGAUUUUAGCUCCAGGUGGGUCCAUAUCGAACUUGUAUGCUUUCCUUGCAGCGCGCCAUAGAAUGUACCCGAAUUAUAAAGAAAAGGGUAUCGCUUCAAUUAAAGGUCAAUUAGUAAUGUUCACUUCAGAUCAGAGUCACUAUUCGAUUAAAUCUUGCGCUUCGGUAUGUGGUUUGGGUACGGAUAACUGUAUAAUGGUGCCGUCCGAUAUCCAUGGACGAUUAAUACCGGCCGAAUUGGAACGUUUGGUGUUAGAACGUAAAGCUUUGGGUCAUAUACCGUUCUUCGUUAGCGCCACGUCUGGCACAACUGUUUUGGGAGCGUUUGAUCCAAUUCCUGAGAUUGCCGACAUUUGCGAAAAGUACAAUAUGUGGCUUCACGUCGACGCUGCGUGGGGAGGCGGUCUUCUGUUAUCUAAGAAGUACAGACAUCCACGACUAACUGGAGUUGAAAGGGCCGAUUCGGUAACAUGGAACCCCCACAAGCUCAUGUGUUCAGUGUUUCAGUGCUCUACGAUACAUUUCAAGGAGGAUGGGCUAUUAAUGAGCUGUAAUCAAAUGUCAGCGGAUUACUUAUUCAUGCAAGAUAAGCUGUACGACGUUCGCUUCGACACUGGAGAUAAAGUUAUACAGUGCGGUCGGAAAAACGAUAUUUUCAAGUUAUGGCUGCAAUGGAGAGGCAAGGGCGACGAGGGAUUUGAAAAGCACAUGGACCAACUAAUGGAGAUGACCGAAUAUAUGGUAAAACGCAUAAAGGAGCAGCAUGACAAGUUUUAUUUAAUUUUGGAACCCGAACUGACCAACGUUAGCUUUUGGUAUAUACCGACGCGUUUACGUAAAGUUCCGCAUUCGGCCGCACGCGAGCAUGAUCUGGGCAAGCUAACGCCGAUUUUGAAAGGGAGAAUGAUGCAGGCAGGCACGUUAAUGGUUGGCUACCAACCCGAUGACCGAAGGCCUAACUUCUUUAGAAACAUCAUUUCAUCCGCGGCAGUAACUAAAGAGGAUGUAGAUUUUCUACUAAACGAACUCGACCGUUUAGGACAUAAUUUGUAAAUAUCUAGGUGUGUCAUUUAAUUAAUUCAAUUCAUUUAAAUGUCAACGUAUUAGUUAAUGAUAAUUAAUUUUUUUCUCGCAAUUUGGUAGGGAAAGAAAGGAUAGUGACAUAUCAAGGAAUAGGUACUGAAAUUUAUGGAAAAAUCCUCGCGUCCUCUCAUCAAAAUGUUUGUAAUUAGAACCAUGUGUAUCAAUCGAAACAUAUCAUUAGAAUAGUGACGUAUAAAUUCGAGAAAGAAAUUAAUUAAUAUUAAUUCUCUUGUUAAAAAUGUCCUCAGCUGUUGAAAAAAUACAAAAAAUAUAUAAGUGUAGUGAAAUAUAUAAAAAUAACUUUCAAAAAGAACUGUGUAGCUAACGCAAUAAUGGUGUAUAGAAUGCAUAUUUGUUUCCUAUAUUUAAGAAUUCAUCCUACCACAAAAAAAGGCAAAUUCUCCUGGUCAGACACUGUAACUGCCAUUAGUUUUUGUAGGUAUACUUCCCGGAAAAUUCUGUUUAAUUACAUGCUUUUGCGUAGUUGCAAAAUUUGUAUAAUAAUAAACAUGUAAAUGUCUAAAUGGAGGUUCAGAAACAAAUUAUGUAUUAUAGGUGUAGUGUUUAAAUGUGUACAAAAUUUCUAAGACUGUUACAGUCCCUAAACAACAAAACAACAUCGUCUUCCACAUGAAGUAUAAAACUAAAUAAAUUAUUUAUGACUGUUUGUUAUGUACGGAUAGAAUUUAUAUAUUAUUACUUAUGUCAAUAGAAUAUUAUAGAAAAUUAUAUUUGAAAUGUUACAUAGUAUUAUAUUAAUGAAUUUGUUGAAAUUUAGACGCUUAUUCAACGAAUGAAUGUAAUUUUU